AUUACAAAAAUCACUACUUACAUUUUACAUCUAUUCCCACUCCACUCCGACCAGACUAGUCCCAUCCUCACUCUCUCUCUUCUUCUCUCUCUCAUAAAAAGUUCUUGCUUUCUCAUCUUUUGUCUUUGUGUUCAUUUCUCUGUACAUUUUUAUUUCUUUAAUAAUAACAAAUUAUAUCUUGUUCUUUUUUCUGUUUCACACCUUAGCCUUUCUCUCUCAAGAAAUACUACCUGAUCAGGCUAUAAAUUACAAAUUAAGCUUUGAAAUAUUAUGUCAAUGGAUUUGAUGGCAUCCGAACGCGUUUGUUAUGUUCACUGCAACUUCUGCAACACCAUUUUAGCGGUGAGUGUUCCAUGCAAUAGUUCAAUGAAUAUGGUGACGGUGAGAUGUGGGCAUUGUGCCAAUCUGCUCUCUGUUAAUAUUGGAGGUUCCCUUCAGUCGACCACCAUUCCUCCUCAUCAAGAUCCCCAGUUACAGAAACAACACCUGAGCUCUGAGGAUUCAAAUAAGAACUGCGGCUCAUCAUCAUCAUCAUCAUCAUCAUCAUCAUCAUCAUCCAAAUCCAACAAGUUUGGUCAUGCAUUUGAGUCUCUAGAGCUUCAUGACCAACCUAGAAUCUCUCCCAUACGCCCACCAGAGAAAAGACAGCGGGUUCCUUCAGCAUAUAACAGGUUUAUCAAGGAGGAGAUCCAAAGGAUUAAGGCUAGUAAUCCUGACAUUAGCCAUAGGGAAGCUUUUAGCACAGCAGCUAAAAAUUGGGCACAUUUUCCCCACAUUCACUUUGGAUUAAAGCUGGAUGCCAACAGGGAACCAAAGCUAGACCAGGCUUUUGCAGGAGAGGGAACUCAAAAGUCUAAUGGCUUCUACUAAAACAAAACCGGUAUACACAAUAUACCCCCUCCUGUGAGAAGCACCUGCAGGCUUCUCUCUCUCUCUAUAUAUAUGUAUGUAUGACGCAACUACUAAAAAAUAUUGAGGUUGAUGAAGUCUCCUAACCCUAUAGCUGGGAAACCUCUUUAGAACCUCACUUUGUUUUUACUAUCUAUAGCUACGUGUUUAAAUUGAUUUUCCCUAACUGCCAAGAAGCAAAUAUACUAUUGUGGUUCGUUCAUGUUGAACAUAUUUGAUUCUCUUAAGUAAACAGUUAAACAUGCAUUUGUUGAUUUA